ACCGAACACACCUCAGUAUAAAGUAUUAAACCAAGCGUGCUGCGUGACUGCGCAAGGCGUCUUUCUAAUUUCUAUCUGUGUUCCAAUUUUCCUGUCAUUAUUGAAAAAAAGAAGAAGAAAUAAAUAAAAAAUAAAAAGAAAAACCAACGGUACCGAACAGAUCUCAGUAUCACACUCACCUCUGCGGGAGACCCAAAACUGAAACCAAAACGGGAAAUCAAUUAGGAAACCCAGGUCAGGAGAAAGGGGAAAAUUUGGAGGAGUCCUCUCAAUCUCAUCGAGACAUCGACAGUCGUCACAGUUGUUAUCUCGCGUUUCUGAGACGACUUUGACUGGAAUGCAUGCGUUCAUCAUCGAUUGUUCACAUGGAGUUUGUUGUUUCGAUGAUUGAUGUUAGAGGUGGGAGUUGAAAUGCAGCCCAACUCGCCCUCGUUCCGAAGCUCAGUGGAGAAUCCAUUCGCCUUGGAUGGCCGUUUAAUCGGGGGCUUUGAAAGCCCUGGGGUGUUGUUCUUCCUUUCUUUCCUGUUUGUUCAAGGAGGAGGGAUGGAUUUCUCCAAAGUUGGAGAGAAGAUUCUCAGCUCAGUCCGAUCCGCCAGAUCUCUGGGCCUUCUCCCUUCUCCUUCUGAUCGACCUGAGGUUCCUGCACGUGCUGCGGCAGCAGCUGCUGUUGCUCGAGCUUUAGCAGGACUCCCUCCCCACCAAAGACUUAGUCUUCCGUCAAGUUCUGAAGAAUUGGUUUCCAUUUAUGGGAGCAGGCCUCGUGGUGAAAUAGUUGAGGAACUAGAAGAGGACUUCUAUGAAGAGGAUUUUGAUCCAGUGAAGCAUGUUCUGGAGCAUAUUCCAUCAGAAGGUGAUGGUCUGACCUAUUUUGAGGAAAAGGCCACUCUCAGGUUAGCACAGCUAGAUAGGAUAGCAGAACGACUUUCUCGUCAUGUUAUGGAGCACCAUGAAGAGAUGGGUGAGUUUAUUGUGAGGUUAUGCAUAACUCAACUUUUUUUUUUUUCCAAGUGUUUGUGCUUUGCAUAUAUCUUUAUCAUUCCUGAAAGAGGCUGGCAUAUGGUGUAGAGAUGCACUCUGGAU